AAUGGCAUCACAACAGUGGAGUUUGUAACCAGUGAGUGGCGCACAUCACGACGAAGUGGACGUAUCUGCGAUCGAAGAGGAAGACGACCAAGCGGACCAAGCGGAAGAAGAGAGAUAAAUAAAUAUUACUGUUUUUAAAAAUGAUAAAAAUGCGCUUACAGGACAAAGACAUCAACGAAUCUUACCACGACUGUGUGUCAAAGUGGGCACAUGCUUAACAACACCUCGGAGCUCAUCUGAGUGUGAGCGUGGGUGAUGGAGGACUGUGGAGACGUGGACUAUCUUAUCCAAGAUGAGGACACUCUAAUUGAGGGCGUCAGUAACCAGGUUUUGUUUGUUGUGGUUGUUAGCGUCACCUUUCUGGCAGGACUGCUCACUCUGCUCUGCAGACAGGAGCAGCAUGAUAUUCAUCCAGAGAAUCAAGAACAUGUACGAGCAGUUCGGCAACAGCUCCAGACAGAGCAGGAGGAAAAUUCUCAGUCCGAGGCGAGGCAGCAGUACUACACAGACAUGUCUUGUCCUGUAUGCCUACAACAGGCUGUGCUGCCUGUAGAAACUAACUGUGGGCACCUUUUCUGUGGUUCCUGCAUUAUAGCUUACUGGAGGUAUGGCACUUGGUUAGGUGCCAUUCACUGUCCUAUCUGCAGACAAGUAGUCACAUUGCUCUUCCCAUUAUUUCAUGAACAUGCAACUCCUCAAAGGGUUCAAGAUGGUGAAGCUGAACCUCAGCUCAUAUUACGAGACAUCAAUGACUACAACCGCAGGUUUUCAGGCCAGCCCAGAUCUCUUAUGGACAGGUUGCGUGAUGUGCCGACCCUGCUCCGUCAUGCCUUCAGAGAAAUGUUUUCUGUUGGGGGCUUGUUCUGGAUGUUUAGAAUUCGCAUUCUUCUUUGUCUCAUUGGUGCAAUUACUUACCUGGCUUCACCACUCGACAUCCUUCCUGAGGCACUGUUUGGCCUACUGGGAUUCAUGGACGAUUUUUUUGUAAUUCUUUUGUUAUUUGUGUACAUCUCGAUUAUGUACAGAGAAGUUGUGACACAGAGAUUAAAUAACUAGCAGAAUUUUACAAGUAUUUGGUAUUGGUUUCCCAUUCAUGGUUCCUUUUGUGACAUGUUUUUUUUUUGUUUUUUUGUUUUUUUGAGACUGUGAAAUUGAUUGUGAAGACAAUACAAUUUUGCUAAUAUGUAUUUAGCUCACAAAGCUUAAGUCACAAAAGGACAACAUGAGUAAUGCUAUAAUAAAAAGGUAAUUUACUCAUUGGACAUUUUUCAGUCAUACACAAUGAGUUUGACUAUGCAUAUUGGAGAAUUAUAAAUGAUUCAAGCUGUCUUUGUAUGCCGCUAAUGCACAUGAAAAACUUGUUUACCUGUUCGUUGUGAAUGUAAGCUUAUUUUUGGUGUAAAGGUGGAAAUCAAUCUCAAUUGUACUAUUUUUUGUAGGGACAGUAUAAUAAAUAAAGGAACUGUUGGAAUUUGUCA